AUGGCUACUAAUGAUACUGAUGAAGUAUUUCAAUUACAAAAUGCAGUAGAAGAAAAAGGACGUUUUAUUAAUUCAUUUAAUCGUAACUUUAAAUUACCUGAUUUUUCGUCGAUAUUUCGAUUUAUUUUUGUUACAACGAAUAAUACAGGAUUACCGGCAGGACCCAAUGAGAUAGACGAAAAGUUACCAAUUGUACGUCAUAAUCAAUCAGAUAUUUUAAAACCAAAAGGUCUAAGAUUUAUAUGGAUUGGACAUGCAUCAUGUUUUGUACAAAUGAAUGGUUUUAACUUUUUAACCGACCCAGUUUUUAGUGAACGCUGCGGUAUUACAAGAAACAUAGGACCAAAACGCUAUCGUCCACCAGCAUUAAAUGUUCAAGAUUUGCCAAACGACUUACAUGCUGUUAUCAUAAGUCAUAAUCAUUAUGAUCAUCUCGAUUUAUCAACUGUCACGAGUUUAAAUGCCCGAUACGGUGAAAAACUAACAUGGUUUUGUGGAUUAAAUUUAAAACAAUGGUUUAUAGACACUGGAUGUACGAAUGUAGUGGAACUAGAUUGGACAGGAGAAUAUGACUAUAAGAAAACAGAUGGAAAAAGUGUAAAGAUUAUAUACUGUCCAGCACAACAUUGGUCUAAACGUACUCCAUUUGACACGAAUAAGUCGUUAUGGGGUAGUUACGUUGUUCAAGAUGAUAAAUAUAAAUUUUAUUUUGCUGGUGACACGGGCUAUUUUUCUCCUCUCUUCAAAGAGAUUGGAAAAAAAUAUGGACCAUUUGAUUUGGCUGCAAUUCCCAUAGGCGCCUAUGAACCAAGAUGGAUGAUGGCUGCACAACAUGUAGAACCAUCUGAAUCUGUACAAAUGCAUGUGGAUUUAAAUGCAAAAAAGUCAAUUGGAAUCCAUUGGGGAACAUUUGCUUUGGCAUACGAGCCCUAUUUAGAACCACCUCUUAAAUUAAUGGAAGAAGUUAAAAAAUUAAAUUUAGACCCUAAUUCGUUUACUGUUCUCCAACAUGGUGAGAUACUUGAUAUUGAAUAA